AAUGAAAUCUUCCAUGUUCUUGAUCAUAAUAAGGCAACGACUGCAGUUGAAAGCUUAUCCUUCCAACGAAUGACAAUGUGGUGCACAUACUUAAUGACUCCUUCUCAAAUAUGGACAGAUUACAAUUACUUAAAAUUGGAAAUGUGAAGUUUUGUGGAAACAUCAAUUCUCUUUCUCGUGAGUUGCAGUUUCUGCAAUGGCAUGAUUGUCCAUUUGAUUCUUUCCCAUCAGACUUUGCACCUGCUAAACUUGUUGAGCUUCAUCUGCAUUCAAGCCGCAUAAUACAUCUAUGGAGGGGGGAAAAGGGGUGGAGUAUGCUACGGCAAAUUAAUUUGAGUGGUACACAACACUUGAUAUCUACUCCAGACUUCAGUGAGGUUCCUGAUUUUGAGAUGUUGGUGCUUCAGGAUUGUACAAGCUUGGUGGACAUUCACCCUUCUCUUGGAUUUCUGAAGAAACUCCACCAAUUAAAUAUGAGAAAUUGCAUGUCUGUUGAGAGCCUUCCAUCCUUCAAUAGAAAUUGGGACUGGUCUGUGGAACCUCCUUUCGGUUGUUUUUUCUAUGGAAAUGAAAUCUCCAAGGGCAAAUGGUUCCAAAAUUUCAACGAGGGCAGCACUGCAGAAAUCCAACUACCUCUGAAUUUGUUUGAUAAUGCUACUUGGUUGGGAAUUGCUGUAUGUGCUUUUUGAGAUCCCAUGGACAUUCAGACAGCAAUCUUGACCCUCCUGAUUACAGUACAAUUUUAGGUGUUAUCUGGACUCCGAUCCUGCUUCCAGCUUAUGCUCAUUUGAUGUCAAAUUUCAGCAACUUGUCAGGACAGUAGAACCAUGGGAAUUUGUAUCCGAUUUCACUUGGUUCUCAUAUAUACCGCACAAUGGUGUGUUUUUUAAGUUCUGGAGGCCCUGCAAGCACUAGAAAUUCUGCCUGCUGAAUUUGGUACGGGUAUGUCCCUAGAACUUCAGCACGUCAAGCCAUUGUCAGAAGAACAUCAUCGAGAUUUGGGUUGUGUAUUGUGUUCCAGGACGACAUACAAGGGUCUGCUGAUACUAUUAUCCAGUGCAUGCAGAGGGAUAAUUCUCUUGAAUCUUACGAUAAGUUGGUGGUAGAAGAAUGGGUAAAGUUGAUACGAUUGGAAGGUGCCCAUUUAGAGAGAAUGACAGAAUGGGAUUCCAGAACCCCACGGGAAAGAUACUCUGAAUUGCACUCACGAAAAUAGAGAAAUUGGGUCUCUCUCGUCUCCCAUACAUGCAUAAUUAUAAUCAUUCAUAUUACUAUUCCUCUUUUUUUGCCCUUUUCUUUAACAUUUGAACCUAUAUUUAC